GCCCGCGCCGUCCUGUGCCAAUCCGCUCGGACACACUCGCUCCCCAGCUGACAGAAACAGCGGACAGUUUGCGUCCGCGCUCUCGGUCUGCUGUGACAUGGCGGAGUUUGACCCCAUCGAGUUCUUUGGCACCGGGUGCGGCCGGGACAUUGCCAUUGCCCGGCAUGCGAGAAGCCGGAGCCAUGGCUCCAUCAGCUUGGCGUCCCUGGACUCACGGUUACACGCUGCCCUGGAAAGCAGCGCGCCGGAGGGUCCCCGGCUGAUCAGCGGCGUCACAAAACAUCCAGUCUCACCGUCGCGCACCUUCGUCAACAUCACGCCCGAAGGCUCGGUGGUCGGACCGGCACUUGACCAACCCGGCGCAUCGCCAGUUGCGUCACCCAACGUUUCCAGCCACUCAGACCCGACAUCCGCCUCGGCCAAGGCUUCUCCCCUUACGCGCUAUGUCUCCAGCCGCCAGCGCCACGAGAAGAUCGCCCUCUCCUUACCGGAGGGCUCAGUUCUCGACUACGACGAGGGCAGCCGAGAUCACCACCACCAGAGCAAGAGCGCUGCCGUGGAGCAAUUCGGCGCUACGGCAAACCCUUGCAUGGAGAAUGACAGUCCGAUAGGACGGUACCUGACCGACGUGCACCAGGCCCACGAGCGCCUGGCCCUCGCCCUCGAGCGGCAAGGAGGUGCACCCCAGCCCGAAGCCACAGCCUCGCACCCAGACACCCAGGACACGGAGACAGGGUCAUCCAUCUCGUUGUGUGACGAGAACGACACAGAGACGAAGGAGGAGCGUGACGGCAUGACCGCCGAGAUGAUGCUCUCCGUUAUACACGAACGACGCAGGCGGCAGUUCGCAGGCCAGGAUCGGUCGUACAUGCUCAAGGCUCCGCGAGCACGAAAACGGCAGAGCAGCUCGCCGCUCCACGGGCACAAGGACAAGACCGGGCGUUGGAGCUGAUCACGGACGCCCGAAUCGGGCCAUUGCGGCAGGGCGCAAUGUCAAAAAUGCCGACAGAUUAAGUAGGAGGGAGCAUUGCUUAGCUCACCUGUUGCACAUCUGCUGUCACAUCUCACUGCGUCGCAAGUCAAGCAACAGAUCUCUUCGCUCGUGUCACUGUCAAGAGCCCCCCUGACCCGCGGCGAUGCACUUGGCAAACCAAGCCGAAUGUUGCCCUCU